CACGCACCUUCGCUCUAGUCCACCGUCAUCCAUCUUCCUCUCGUCGUCGGCUACGUCUAAACAUCAUGGCGCGUAAUCAAGAGAAAGCCCAGUCCAUGCUCUACCGCUUCCGAGAAGCGCAAGCGGCAGAGCUUGGUCUAGGUACCCGAGCUGACCGCCGACCCAAGAUGGCCAGUGCCUGUAAAAACAUGCGCGAGUGUGAGAGGUGGCGUGGUGAGCUCCUCAGGGAGAUUAGUCGCAAGGUCGCGAAGAUCCAAGAUGCUGGUCUUGGUGACUACGAACUCCGUGAUCUCAACGAUGAGAUCAACAAACUCAUGCGAGAGAAACGGCAUUGGGAGAACCAGAUCGUGGCAUUGGGUGGAGCGAAUUACAAGCGUAAUGUAGCGAUGCUGGAUGACGACGGGAAAGAGGUCCCUGGGACGAAGGGAUACAAAUACUUCGGUCGCGCGAAAGAACUACCAGGUGUACGGGAACUUUUCCAGGGUCGUAAGAAGGAAGAGGAAGAAGACAACCUGGCGAUGGCGCAUUACCAGAAGUUCACGAAGCAGGGGCCUUCAUACUACGGCGAUCUUGACGAGAACGAUGGAACGCUGCUGGAGUAUGAGCGUGAGGCUGAAGCAGAAGAAUGGGAAGAAGCGGCUUCCAAUCUGCGUGAAGCACUCGAUCUUCCCCAAGACGCUGCCAUUCCAGGAAUUCCACCGUCAACUUCUCCGGCGAACCCUGAUGUCGAAAUGCCAGCCUCGACAGUCGAAGCUGACCAAACCUUGGCACACGCGAAGAUGCUCGUUUCCUACAUGCCCUUCCUCAAGCCCGAAAUGUUACUUGCACCGAAAUUGCCAACACCGAAGGAGGUCGAGUCGGUGUUACUUGUCCUGCAGAAGCAAGCUCUCGUCGAGGAGUACUUUGGCGCGACUGAUGGAGCAAUCCCAGCAGCAGCUUGAUCUUUACUCUGCUUCCCUGUGUAUGCAUUAUUCCGGCAUCCCCAUCCGGAGGAGGGUCUCCUACGCGCGUACUUAUGACCGUCCGCAUGAGAUUUCUGCACUGUGCGGAUCGCAGAACACGGUACCCGGAUGCCUAGGCUUCUACUGUGACAGUGCUGCUCUGUGUCGAAGCAUCUAGACCAUUGAGAACGCUUGCGAAGCAUAGCCAAUAGAAAAGACUUAUCUCGCUUAUUUCAUUUUGUCUGGUGACCAGUAUGCAACCUGGUUUUGUUUCCCAUUACGCCGUCCUCGAUUGCAGACUCACUCAUGCUUGCGGUCUCGGACGGGAUGAAGCAUAACCGACACACUUUAAAAUGUAGAUGUGUUGACUAGAGACUAGCAGCUCGUCGUGUCCCAGCUUCGCAGUUUUGACUGCAGAUCGUCUCUUGCGCUUCCUCUCAAGAACAAGCCAUCUCUUUGCGAGGAUGUGCCAACGCAUUGUGCACUCGCUGGACAAGAUGUGGAACGCUGGUCAGCAUUUUGAACGUCAACUGGUGACCGCCCUGCUCGACUGCAGAUCAAAUCACUGCGAGCACUCUGUGUACCAUCCCGAGUGGUGUGAGCGCAACAGGUGCUCACGUAAGUUCGGACCGGAAAUCCACAGGGACGUGCGACGGAUAAACGCGUUCUGCCACGAUUGUCAGGAAUCUAUCCGACGCGCUAUUCGAGACCGGGAACGCCGAGGCCCGAUCUAUGUGUACGUUCCAAAUACCCUCUAUGAAGAGAGCGACAACGAAAUCGAGGGGUGCGGGUGUUGUUCGGGAUUUGAAUCCGAGGAAGAUGGGCCUGACGACUCAGUUACCUCUGAGCCGGAGGCAGAGGUAGAAGCCAAUGCCUUGUGCUCGAACAACGGGGGAUCGUGCGAGAGGAGGGGUGAUAAGGCAUUGGGCAGAGCCGGAGAUGUCAUCAUUGAGGAAGUAGAUUGAUUUUAGUUUCCUGAAGUUAUCGAAGGAGCGCACAGAUUCUUCGUCACAAGAGUUUGCAUAACAUGAGAGGAGCACGCCAAGGGCAGGUGCAGCGGGUCAGAAGUGAUCCGUUGAACAGUGAUCGACGCACUCUUGAUCCAAACCUGAACCCCCACAAUCCUCGUCCUCCGAUUACCUGUUUCCCGCCCGGGCGAGACAGUAUAAACCUAGUACAUAACCUCGCUGGACCGUUAGGAUGUACUCGCGUUUCGGCAAGCCAUGGUGGAUCCUCAUUUGCGGCCUCGUCUUGAUUUUGCUCUUCACUUUCCGAAUGGGCGAAAUGAGACCGAGCAUACCUCGCCGGCUCUACUCAAACAUGAACUCACCAUUUCACAGAGGAAGAAGAGUUUAUCUGAAUGCCGCCGGGCUCGGCGGUGAGGGCCUCGGGGUGCGUGAAAGCCGUCGGUCACAGUUCCUGCAACUGACGAACAGCAUCGAGUCGGCGAUGCAUCACUUCAAACAGAGCGUGAUCUUCGCUGAGGCGUUGGACUCGGAGUUUAUCCUCGCCAAUGAGUAUGACUCUGAAUUCCGGUAUUCGUUGUCGAAGAUCUUGAACGGCCCCGUGUUUGAUAACCAGUUCCUCGAUUAUGAUCUGCGCAAUUCCUGCCGCGUGAACGACUUCAUAAAGGACCACGAGAGAGAGAAGCUCGCACAUGGCAUCUGUGAGGGCGCGGAAUGGGCGUCCGAGCGGCUCGAAGAACUGACGAGCGAAAUGAUGGCAUGCACAAACAUCCUCGAUACAUUUAGCCACGAGAUUACGCAAGACCUCAACGGCUGCAUCACACCUUGGUUCCGCUCGCGUUUGCUUCCCGCUCCAUCCCCAACGCACACGCUUCCCCUCCUGACCUAUCCUCCACAACGCCCGAUCCGCAUCGGAGUCCACAUCCGCUGGGGAGACACUUCUAAGACCUUUUCAUCUACAUCCGAGUUGCUCUCGCAUGAGUUCUAUGGCUCGUUCGCCAUGCCCAAUCUGAUCACGGCUCUUAACGAUCUGCGCGAGCUGGCCGGCCCAGCCGGGAUACACGUCCAAGUGGCGAUGGAGAAUGCCGAACAGCGGGUUCUGGACAGUCUCCCUCUGCACACGUCGGAGCUUACGGUCCUGGACUCCCGGGCCGAUGACGAUCUGGAUGACCUGAGAAAGCUGAGCGAGAGCGAUGUCUUGCUCGUGGGCGAGUCAAGUUGGGCGGUGAUGGUGCACAUGCUGGCUCCACCGGGACUCACCAUUGUUCAGGACGGAGGACUGGGCAAGUACAGCAACACUACAGGCUUUGGGAGAGAUGUCAUAUUUUGGAAAGAAUACUCGAUUGAGAAAGUCCGUCAUGGUUUGUUUAAAUAGCUAGAAACAAGAUAUUUGAGAUGGUUAUGUCCAUGCUAGCGAGGGAUUCAAUUGGA